AUUUCGCAGCUAUUUUUCAAGCUUAUUAGCAGGCGAACAGCAUGAACAGCGGAACCCCUGCUGAGCCAAUGACGGCCUCAAUUCCAGCCGGGGCAGCGGCAACAGCAGCAGACCCUGCGGCGAGCCACACGCCUAGCGAGAGCUUUAUCGACGAGCCAUACUCUGUCGAGCUCUACGACUAUCUGCGCAACACGCCCAAGCGGUACAACUACAUGCUCACCCCAGCAGCCCGCAAGGACAUCCUGCACAAGGUGUCCUGGUAUCUCCUAUCCAAGGACGAUCGCCUGGCGGACCUGGUCCCGCUGGACGAACGAACAGGCGGCGCGCCGCGGGAGGAGCUGCAGGAUGAAUUUGAGACACCUAUUGAAUAUACUGAGGUCAGGCGCGGACAGCCGUGUGGGCAUGUGUUUAAGCGCGGCGAAGGCGUCUAUAGAUGCAAGAACUGUGCCAUGGACGAUACCUGUGUUUUAUGCACACGGUGCUUCCAGGCCACUGACCACACGGGUCACGACACCUCAUUCAGCGUAAACUCGGGUACAGGCGGCUGUUGCGAUUGCGGCGAUCCCGAGGCGUGGAAGAUUCCGCUGCGCUGCCGCCACCACAGCAGUUUCGAAGAGCUCGACGAAAUCGGCUUUGACCCUAUCAUCUCUUCGGCCGGAGCGCCCUUCGUUCCUGGCUACAACAACCACAACGAGUGCCCAGUAAGCGUCAGACGCGCUAUCGAGCUGACCAUUGCAGUGGUACUGGAGUUCAUUCUGGAGACGUUCUCCACAUCGCCAGUACACUUGCGCACUAGCUUUGACGAGCGAUCCAUCAUCGAGGAUGCGCAGAGUGCGAGCGAGGCACUGGGAGAUCCCGAGGUGCAGACAAAGUUCGCCAUCGUCUUGUGGAACGACGAGGUCCACUCAUUCCAGGACGUCAUCGAUCAGUGCACACAGGCGCUAGACUGCUCGCCUGUGGAGGCUCGCAAGAUCGCCGAGACAGUCGAUGUCAGCGGCCGCGACGUCCUGCGGGUCAGCACAUCGAUAACAGAUCUUAUCGAAAUUGCGACGUCCAUGGUCAAUGUGUCGCUCUGCAUAUCUAUUCGCGCUGCCCGCGACGUGUUCCGUGAGCAGCUGUCGGCGUCGCUUCUCAUAUGGCUUCGCGACCUGGCGUGCUGCAAGUUCCGCCCGCUUGCGCGCGUCUUCCAGGGCAAGGUCAACAACGAGAUCCGCUCAGAAAUUAGCCACCAGCUGUGCUUGCAUCGGGCAUAUGAUCACGCGACGUCCCACGCCAUCAGGCGAGUGCUGCGUGGGUGUGGGCAGCAGCGUCUGGACUGGUUCCUCAUUUUCGAUCUACAGCUAUGGAAGGAGGUGCGGAGCGGCCUGCGUGAGCUGUACAUGGCCACGCUGAUGCUUGACGGCCGGUACAAGAUGAAGAUUGCGCUGACCUUCUCGCGCAACUACCCACGCCUGUCCCGGGCGUUCCUGACGCAGGACCGUGCCCCUGAACACUCGGUGCUACUGUUCUCGGUGCAGCUGUUUACUGCCCCGACGCUCUCGGCAGAGCUGGUUGACCACCACCGGUUCCUCUACAUAAUACUGAGCGUGCUCAAGAGGUUCUUUGUCGAGCCGACGCCCGAGUUUUUGCGCCACCAGGGUGUUGUUCUGUGCGAUACAGAGUCGUUCCGUAACCGCCGGUACUUCCAUGUGUUCCACGACAUGCGCUAUCUGGCCGGCACACCACAGGUGCGCAACUGGGUGUCGUCCCAGCACCAGUUUCUGGCCACAUAUGUAGGCUUCAUUGGCCUCUUCCAGGGCAUGAACCCGAAUCGCCGUGCAGUCCUUCAGCACGUCGAGUUUGAGGCCGACACAUGGGUCAACGCGUUCAACGUCACCCUGCAGGUUGCCAAGAGCUGUCGCCAGUUUGCCGAGUGCUAUGGCAUCUCGGCGCGGGACCUGUUUUUUGCCAUGCGCGGCACACUGCGUGCGCUACGCCAUUCAGUAGCGCUGAUGGCCGAAGAGAACUGCGGCAACCUGGGCGAUGCUAUGCCGCUCGUUGCUGAGGCCCACAUUCGGUCGACCAUGUGGGGCAGCCAGUACUACAUCGUCAAGUACGACGUGGCCUCUUGCCCAGUCAGCUUCCACCACCCGCUGCACUGGUUUAUGGCUGAGCUGUGCCAGCACGUAAAGCUGCUGUCAGAGGACAUUGCGCGCGAGUACGGGUUUGACAGCAUUCGCCACAUGAUCUUCACCGCGUUCAAUCGGGCCCAGCACGAGCUCCUGCGUAUCCUUGACUACCCGAUUCGUGUUUGUGUUGUGAUGGCGCAGAUCCGCGCCGGUCUCUGGGUGCGCAACGGCUAUGUGAUCCGGUCGCAGUCGCACCACUAUCGCGAGGUGUCUCUUCGCGAAAACACGUACGACCAGGACAUUGUCAUGAUCCAGUUCUUCCUCAGCAUCUGGCCGGAUACCGACCACAUCCUGAUGGCCUUGCUUGACCGCUUCGGGCUCUAUGACUGGUUCAGCGGCCAGCCACAUGUGUCGGAGGUGUACGAGCAGUCGCAUCUCCAAUACAUGGUGGAGGAGUUCCUGAAUGUGCUCAUUGUGCUGGUGUCGGAACGCCAUGUCGCCACUGGCAAGAAUGCGCUGGAUCUGGCGCGCCGUGAGAUUGUGCACGGAUGCCUGAGCCCGAUCGCAUACUCGGAGCUGUCAAAGAAGAUCCCCGAGCGCUUGGCUGAGCACACCGAGUUUGACAAUCUGCUACAGGAGAUGGCCGAGUACCGCUCUCCCGUCAGCAUCAUGGACUUUGGAAUGUACGAGCUCAAGGACGAGUAUCUGGACGAGGUCGAUCCCUACUUUAUCCACUACUCGCGCAACCAGCGUGAAGAGGUUGAAGAGCUCCUGCACGAACGACUGAAGAAGCGCUUGCGUCGCAGCGGCGGGGACCCUGAUGCCGUGCCUGCCUAUAUCCCGCCCAAGCUUGACCCGAUUCGGUUUGGUCCGUUCCAGCGGCUUGGAAUGGUGCUCCAUACGCCCCUGGCAUGCCAGGUGCUCUUCAACGCCCUGUACCACGCGACAAACACGCCAAACCACUACAUGUCCGAGACCAUGGUUGACGAGGCGCUGCAGCUUGUGGUGCUCGCACUCGAGGACGGUCGCCGCGGAGCCCAGGGCUAUCCAAUGUCCAAGGGCGGCAAGCCAAUGAACUUCCUGGCUCUGGUGCUGUCGCUGGGCCUGCGGUCUGAGCUGAAGCAGUGGAAGCCCAAGCUGGACUACAUCCUCAAGCUCUUCCGCGAGGGUGGGCCGCGCGUCAUCAGCUGCAUCGACGAGUACUACGCAAGCCUCGAGUCAACCCCCCUGGGUAGCCAUGUGCUGAGGACGGCGCAGGACGAGGCCAGCGCUGCCGAGCGCAAAAAGCAGGAGGCAAAAGCGCGCCAGGCGGCGAUCCUGGCCGACUUUGCCAACCGCCAGCAGAAUUUCAUGGCCCAGUUUGGCGACGAGUUUGACGACCUGACUGAUGAGGAGGAUAUCGACAAGGCAGAUGACGUAGUCGAGACCUCCGCUGACAAGGGCAAGGGGUCCGAUAUGAGCCGGGUGCACAACUCGCUGUGGACUACGCCCGGCGGAACCUGCAUUGUGUGUCAGGAGGAAUGCGAUGGCACAAAGCCGUAUGGCAUUCUGUCGCUGGUUCAGGCGUCGCGUGUAGCGCGCACUGCACCGCUCUCUGACGUUAUCAGCGUCACUGAUAUCCUGGGCAUGCCUGGUGGUCUCGACUGCGAAAUCAACGAUGCGCCAGCCAUUGCACCACAGACCCCCGAGAGCUCCAUGUCAGCGAGCAAGAUCACAUAUGGCGCGCCGUCCGGCCUUAAGGGGUUCCCUGUGCUGUACCACGAGCGCGGGAUGGUUGCCAAUACCUGUGGCCAUCUGAUGCACCUGCGCUGCUUUACCCAGUACUACCAGGGAAUCGAGGCUAAGCGCCAGAAUCAGCCUACGCGCAACCACCCAGAGAACCCGCACCGCAAGGAGUACCUGUGCCCGCUCUGCAAGAGCCUUGGCAAUAUCCUUUUGCCCGUCUUGCCCCACGUCGGCGACUACGACCCUCUGACAAUCACGGACCAGAACCCGGAGCGGUUCGCAAUCGCCCCUGUACUGAGCGGUGGUCCGGGCUCGCAGGCUGAAAGCAGCUCUGGAUCCGACCGUGAAGGAACCUCGCAGGCCAGGACGCCGUCGUCGUCUACUCCUGCCAUUGGCGCGGCGGCAGCGGCAGCACCAGGAGGCUCAACACCCGAGGCACCUGCGGGAUUCCGCGCCAUGGGUCAGACAGCUGAGGAUACCCUAGCCAGCGGCCUGAUUGCGUCGCUUCGGAACGCAGGCGGCUUCAGCUUCAACCUGCCUGAGGGCCUGACCGAGUCCCUGCCGCGCAACCUGGAUCUCCUGCGUGCCGCCCAGCAUCUGCCAGGUGGCUUCGCUGCUGAUUCGCGAAGCCAGCCGUCUGGCACGCUGGUCGAUGGAGUUCCUGAAGCCCACGCGGUAUUCAUGCACUCGCUGGCCAAGAUCGCAGAGAUGCAUUACCGCACUGCUUUUGGACCAGUAUCCGACCUGGCCACAGGCACUGCCAGCACUGAUUCUCCAGCUCUGACCCCAGCACAAAAACUGAGGUGGCUGAUGUCUCAGUCGUCGCCGUUGCCGUCGCCGUCGCCCUCACCUGCUCACACCCCUGGGGCAGCAACGGCUCAGAGAGAGGCAAUGCAGCAGACGCGCAUGUCAAUGCUUAAGGACCUUAGCUACAUCCUGGGCCCUCUGACCGGUAUCCCUGUUUUGCUGUCGUCGAUUUCGGGUGGUACCGACGCAAAGGUUGUUGAGGCAUCGGCCCCGGGCAUCAACUCGCUCAUUCUGUGGGUCAUUCGCCAGAUCCGUGGGUCAGAUAUGGAUGAAGAGGUCUUGACGCGCUUUAGGUACAGUGCACACCGGACCACGGUGACUAAGCUCGUUGUGUCGCUGAUGCUGCCGUUCUUGCGCCGUCUUGCGCUGACACUGUACCUCCAAUACGGCAUUGAUCUGGCCCGUGAGGCGCCAUGGAUGCGCGAAGAACGUGCACGCGCAGCCACAAACAACGAUCCCCAGAUCAUGGCUCAAUCGGAGCCCGAAUGUGUGCGUCUGCUCAAGAUCUUGAACUUGCCCGAGCUGCACAAGGUGUUUGUCCCCGAGGCACAGCCUGGCAUGACAGCCAUUGUCAGCAACUGGCUCAAGGAUCUGCGCGUGUUCCGCAGUCGCCACGGCUCGGCAGUGUCGCUGGGCGCCGGAUACACAAUGGCAGUGCCCGUAAGCAUGCCCACGCCAUACACCCUGGUUGAGAUGCCUGAUCGGUUCGAGGUGCUGUUCGAGCGCUCGGCCAAGGCGUUCUGUCCCCGCUGCAAUAGCGUCCCAAGCGACCCCGCGCUGUGUCUGCUGUGCGGCAGCUUUGUCUGUUCACAGAGCUUCUGCUGCGAGGUUCAGGGCAUUGGCGAAUGCAACAUGCACAUGAAGUCAUGCGGUGGAACCGUCGGCGUCUACCUGCUUGUCAAGAAGUGCGGCCUGCUGCUCUUGCACCAUGACAACGGCUGCUUCAUGUCGGCGCCGUACCUCGACCAACACGGCGAGGUGGACCUGGGGCUGAAGCGUGGCCGUCCGCUAUUCAUCAACCAGAACCGCUACGACGAGAUGCGCAAGCUUGUUCUGACCCAGAAGAUUCCGGUGUUUGUUGCUCGCAAGAUUGACCAGGCGUUUGAUAUUGGAGGCUGGGUCUCGCUCUGA